UGUCAUUCCAUCAUGUUCUGGUUACACUCGGACACGAAGGCCACUGAUCGUCUUGGACUCGUUUGUCAGCACCACCUCAAACUUGCGCGAGCAGACUUAUCGCUCUUACUGGCUUGGCCUCGGACGCCUACAGCAGACUUGCUUAACCGGAGCCAGGGUCUGUGAGAGAUGGGCCAACCAUGCCGCCAGGACUGCGCGUCCUAGCAAGGACAAUCAUGCCCCUAAGCCCUGUGCUGCCCUGGACUUUCGUUCCUCGUCGAUCUCACUGGUGAGGACAUGGGCUUAGUGGAUCCGGCCUGCACGGUUCUCGUAUGCAUGAGGGUAAGCCUUACGAGGACCAAACGUGCCCGACCAGCCGCUAAGUUGUAACUUACGUCUCUAGGCUGAAAUCGUCGAGACUUGUCUUUGCGAUAUCUGAGGCAGCAUCUCCCGUCAGCACGAUAUUCUCUUUACUACACUCGCGCUCACGCUUCUGAAAAGGCAAUUAGACGCGGGAAUGCCUUUCUACCAAGUUUGAGGCAUGCAUAUCCUUGCUGCAUCGCUCCAACCCAAGACUAGAACCGCUGCAAGUACUCUAGACACCGGAGAUCGAAGCGGGGUUAAAGUCUUGAGAUUCCAGACCUUCCUAAGGGCGGUAGCUGGAACAUUUCAGACUUGUUUGCUUCCCCUUCCUUUACACAGGGCACUACGAAUACCCGUAACCAAGUGAUCUAGCAUUGGUCAUCUUGGCUGCAAGGAGUUCCGAACCCAUACUGGAAAAUGAUGGGAAGGAGGAAGGGCUAUGGCAACCAUGACAUCCACCACGUUACUCUUCCUGCCUUAUGACAACAAGAAGAAGCCUUUUGAUAAUGACAAUGUUCAAUCUCGCCAACAACACACCGCACUGGAAUAUCAUAGAAAACGAAAAUUGUCCAAAAGCCAAUCUCGAUCUUCCAUGAGCCGUACGAAUGAAUCACCAACGCCACAGUCCUUGGGUUAUUCCCCGGGAACAUCGACCUCAGGAGAUUCCGAGACCACUGAUGCUACAGAGCUCUCACAUCCUCGAGUCAUCGGCAAAUGGCGAUUAGACCCAUUCGAUGCGCUUCGCGACACUCAUGUGCCCGAAUAUGUCCAAGAAAUGCUUGAUCACGCCAUAAGACAUCAAUGGGUGCUUUACGGUCCUUCGCGGGAGGACGUAAGACACACACAAGCUGAUAUCAUGAGCGCUGCGAUGAGAAGCCCUGUCGCGUUUUACUCCGUCGUCUUUGCCGGGGCGUGUCAUCGAGCAUGGCUGGCCGGUCCUCAAUCGAACUCCAACAAGAAAAGCAUGAUGCUGCGCAUGUCGUACAAAGCUGAAGCCCUUGCAUGCUUGAGGAAAGAACUUGCGGCUCACCAAGGGCCAAUUUCAGAGGAUCUUCUGCUGUCGAUCAAUCUGCUCGGGGUUCAUGAUAGUGGCGAGGUCAUUGUAGCACCACAAAAGCCAAUGGAACCACCUCUUCGCCUACACCGAGACAAUGAAUUCUAUUCCAGUAUGCGAUGGCAGCCCAAGCAUCUGGAGAUGGUGUACAAGAUGGUUCAGCAACUGGGAGGUUUGAGGGCAUUGAGGACCCAUGGUCUGGCGGAAGCGCUUGAAUCCACCGCCCUCAACGACGCUCUCCUGACACUGGAAACGCCUAAAGUCGACCUCCUUAAUUCCACGCAAUAUUAUAUCGCACAGUGUGAAGCAAGGUGGGAUAGACAAGGCCGAGAACUCUAUGGAGCUAUGAGCCAGAGACAGCUUGCGCUUCUUGAUGGGUUGGAAGGUAGAGACGUCAUGCAGGACAUCCUCAACAAUAUGCGCAAACUUGUGGUCACCUAUGAAUGUUUUUGCAGAGACAACAUCAAUGGACCAGACUUAUUGCAGAUCAUUGCAGCACGACGCUCUAUCCAGCACAAUCUGCUUUGUCCACCUAUUUCGAACGACUGCCGCUACCUGGUGUGCCGCUAUGCCAUGCUGAUAUUUCUGGUUGAAACAAUCUACCCCAAACCGCGCUACGUUGGUAUUCAUCGAAAGAUGGCAGAGAAACUCAUGCUUGCGCUUGACGAAAGUUCGAUUCUUGGAUACUGGGAUCAACAACCAGCAGCUUUCACGUGGGCGAGUGUUCUGGGUGGCGCCGCAGCUUACGAUACCCCCUUGUAUUCUUGGUACGUGGCACAAGUGAGCAGUACAGGCUGUGGCCUUACUACAGAUGACUGGACCUCCGCAUACCAAAGUAUGUCCUCGUUUCUGUUGCCCAGUACAGAGCACGAAAGGCGAUGCUAUAGCUUCUGGCAUGACGCCCGCGAAUUCCGUGCUAUGCGAAAUUCCGCAUCAACUUGAAAGUUCAGAACAGAGGAGUCAUGCACUGCCGCAAGACAUUUUACCUAGAAAUUGGCCAUAAAAGAGAAACAUUCCAAGAACAAAAGAGAAAAGAUCGAAAGGACAUUGUCAGGGGACAGUGACUUUGGCACCUAGAAACCGAAGCUAUUUGACGAAGCCUUCCACGGUGCCGAUCAUGUCGGAGAUCGGCCUUUGCUUGCUGCCCUUUUGCCCUUAGACUGUUCAUGAUUGUUCAAGAGUUAGAGAUCAACUCAGACCACGAAAGCCAAAGAAUGCGUGUGGCGUGCUAUGUUUUCGUAUUGCGUGUAGAGUCCGGGGUUAUGAUGAUGAUGGUAGGCUAUGAUAGGUGCGGAUCGGACAAGGGAGGAAAGAAUCGGCCCCCAAACUUGAAUCACCUUCGAGUCUUUCGGGGGCUGAUUUGCUCUUCCCCAAGUGGUGCGAUGCCCCUUAUCAGCCUUUUGAGGCCCCUCCACCUGACAAGCCGAGUAUUACGAGCAUAAUAGGGCAAUAGUGAGCGCCCAGAGCGUCUUGACCAUAGAAGGCUAAUCACGGAGGAAAAGGCGUCGGCUCAAGAUGUCUCGAGUUCGUUACGACCCAAGAAAAGAUGUCGAGUAUCUCAAAUUCCAGUUUC